CGGAGCAUGAGUUGCUGCACAAGGGUGUUGAAGACAAUGGCCAAGAACAAACUAAGAGGGCAGAAGUCCAGGAAUGUAUUUCAUAUAGCCAGCCAAAAAAACUUUAAGUCUAAAAACAAAGCAAAACCAGUUACCACUAAUCUUAAGAAGAUAAACAUUGUGAAUGAUGAAAAAGUUAACAGGAUGAAUAAAGCUUCUGUAGAUAUACAAAAGGAACUUGCCCAUUUCUCAAAAGGCCUUUCCCUUGAACCUUUGCAGAAACAGCUGAUUCCUCAGCAGUGUCAUGAAAACGAACCAGUUAAUGUUGAUGAAUCGACAAGAUUAAUGGUUCAGUUGUAAUACAUCAAAUACCCCAAAAAGACCAACAAAUUAAAUGUUUUAUACAACAAACAAACAAACUCAUUUCUUGAGUAUUGGCUUUUCGUGCCACAGGCAGCUGAACUUGGGUUUUUCGGUAACAUUGGGGUAAUAAUGAAAAGAUAUAGCACGUGUUAAGCACGUGGCAUGUGAGUACCUGGCAUCAUACUGAUUAACUUCCCUCAUUUUCCAACAUCCUCAAGAUAAAGAAUUUGGAGGGGGUAGUAACAUUCUGACAAAUA